AUGUUACCGAUAGUGAUGUAAAAUAUGACUACAAUUGUGUGGUUAAUUAUACGUUGUUAAAAUAAAAUAGUUGUUAGGAUUUACGAAAAAAUUCACUCGUCUAACAUUACGGCGCAAUAUUUUUACUAUAUUUCAUGCAGCUCUGGUUAGUUAGGAAACAGCGGAUUCAGUUGUUUACAUUUUUGUCAUAAUGUUGUGGAUAAAAUAAGGACAAAUAUCAAUUUUAGAAAAAAAGAGUCAUGCCAAUCACCGAGCGGGAAAAAUUGGGUAUUGUAGACUUUUUAGUAAGCGAGGAGCAGAAUGUACCUGCAUUAUUACAAGUGGCGAGAUCAGUCACAAAAAAUAUAUGCGACGUUGCAACAGCGCAAGAAGCACUUGACUAUGCAUAUAUACAAAUUGGCGAUACUCUAACCUUGCUGAACAAACGAGCCAUAACUCGAGAAAUGCUAUUUAAAUAUCUACAUCACAGAAAAAUUCAAGUUAAUGCAGACUUCACCAAGGGCGCAUUAAUUACAAAAAUUAUAGAAUAUUGGAAUACUUUCCAAACCAAAAAUGAACACAUAACUCAUAAUAAUGAUAGUGUUCACAAUCAAACGACUUCAUCACAAGAAAAAUCUUUUUUCAGUCAGGUCGAUUCCACAGUUAACGACUGUAAUAAUAAAGAGGCUCCUUACCCCAUUCACUUGCUAGCUCGCAAAUUUACAGAAUGGUUUUUUAACAAUCUUAAUACAAAAGAAUUAAAAGUCGAAGAUUUUUGGACAGAUGCAACGCUCCAACUGCGUAUAGCUGCUACGGAUCAAAUUAAUGAUUACGAAGCUGCUGGUGAUAGCGAAGUUAUUUCAAAUCUUCUAAAAUCAAAAGAACAAUUUGGUUUCUUCUUCAAUCCGAAUCUUACACAUGCUGGCGUUCAAGGACGAAUGAAUGUGCAUGGCUUAGUGUUGGUACUGGCAUGUGGUACGCUUCACACUGAACAGAAUUGCGUUGGGGUAUUUGAAUGUACAUUUGGACUGCUACGUGAUCCAUUUGCUGAGAACAAUUGGAAAGUGAAAACAAUGCAAUGCAUUUUACGCAGUCAGAUAGCCGCAUCAAUGCCUAGCUUAUGCGAAAGUGAAACACUCAAAGAAGCACUUUGCUUGCCGAUACCGGAAGGUGAAAUUACGUAGGAUAUAUACAUAUAACAUCACUAUUAUAAUUAUUUAUUUGGAAUUACUAGGUAUAUUUAUUAAAAUAGUCUGAUUUCAUUUGUAUUUAUUUGUUUAAAUAAAGUUGUUAAAAAAUA